CUGUCACAUUUUGACCAAUUUAGACCAAACUAACAAAUGUUAAAAACUAAGAGGCGUAAAACUCUCUUCGCAGAUGCAAGUUGCAAUUUUGACAUCUGGUAUUGUGGCUGGGAAAAUGGGCCUGGAAGCCAGGACUUUACAUGGACUAGGAAAUUUGGUCCAACUCCAUCACGUGACACGGGACCGUCACGGGAUCACACCUCAGGGGCCGGACUGUACUUCUACAUAGAAGCAUCAGGACGAAGCAGGGGAGAAACUGCUAGACUCGUGUCACCAUACAUACAAAGCAACGGAAACGCCACGUGCAUGGUUUUCUACUAUCAUCUCUAUGGACAUUCAAUUGGUAGCCUCAGAGUAAAGGUUGGAGAUCAGGUUUUGUGGCAGCUGUCAGGCAACCAAGGAAACAGUUGGUACAAAGCGACGGUGCCCCUUUAUUUUGAUGGCACGUAUAAGGUAACGUUUGAAGGUGUUGUUGGUAGUACUGCAUUCAGUGAUAUCGCUAUCGAUGACGUCGAGUUUCAGGAAAACACAAAGUGUACAACAACGGCUGAAACGUUAGGUAAGACCACCAACAAUUAUGAAAUCUUGAUCUCUGGCGUACUUUUCAAUAAUCAUAACAAUACUCUUAUCUUUCAAUGUUGCAGCACCUAUCAACUUUAAUAUGUCAAUAUAACUCACCUAACCCACAGAUAUUAUUUUUUGGCUGCAU